GAGAGAGAGAGGGGAGGAAGGCGCAUGCACGAGAAGUUGUGUUUACGGGAGAAGUUUGAGAGAAGUCUCCGGGCCGGGACAUGAAGCGCCCCUAGCAGACCGGAGCUCCGGGGCAGCCGUUCAGCGGGAGAAGCAGCGGGGGGAAGCCGCGCCAUGUCGAACCACACCGUGGUGUAUCUGUCCGAGCAGGUGGUCGUGCUCUGCUCGUGCGCGCUGUCCUUCCUCGGCUCCACUCUCAUCAUCGCCACCUACAUCCUGUGGUCGGACCUCCGGACGACCCCCCGGCGGCUGCUGGUCUACCUGUCCGUGGCGGACUGGCUGUCGGCCGUGUCCUACGCGUACGGCGCGUGGAGCGCGUUCCGCGCGGACUCGCCGGAGUGCGUGGCGCAGGGCGCCGUGUCCACCUUCUCCAACACCAGCUCCUUCUUCUGGACCGUGGCCAUCGCCGUGUACCUGUACGUCUUCAUCGUCAGGUGCAGCCAGCGCGCGGCCGACAGCCUGGUGCUGCCCUUCCACCUGGUCAGCUGGGGCGUUCCUCUGGCCAUCACCGUCGCCGCCGUCUGCCUCAACAAGAUCGGCUACAACGCCUCGGAGGUGUCGGUGGGCUGGUGCUGGAUCCGGAUCCAGGCCCCGGACCGGGUGCUGUGGAUGCUGCUGACCGGGAAGAUCUGGGAGUUCCUGGCGUACGUCACCCUCCCCGUCCUCUACGUCCUGAUCAAGAGGCACAUCCACGUGGCGCACGCCGCUCUGUCGGAGUACCGUCCCAUCCUGGCCAGCCGGCCGGCCUCGCACCCCUUCUCCUCCAUGGCCGACGUGAAGCUGACGCUCAUCCCCAUCAUCUUCAUCGCGCUGCGCAUGUGGAGCACGGUGCGCUUCGUGCUGCUGCUGGCCGGCUCGCCGCUCCGGCAGCACCCGGUGCUGGUCACACUACACGGAAUCGGCAACACCUCGCAGGGAGCGGCCAACUGCAUCAUGUUCGUCUUGUUCACCCGGCCGAUUCGCGCUCGCCUCUGCGCCGCCUUCUGCUGCUGCUGCCCCUGCGGACAGGAGGAGGCGGCGGCGCGGCAGCCGGACGGCGCCCCCCGCAGGCCGGCGGCGGGCCGGGACGCCUCCACCCAGCCAGAGGAGGACAGAUGAUCCGGAGGCGAGGGUGGACAGAGGUCAACGCCGAGGGGGAGGCUUCAUUACGGCGAGUGGCUGCCGGGGAGGGCGUUUGUCACACGUCUGCACUUCGGGUGAUGGGAUGAAGCUGGAGCACGUCACACGUGGUGCUAAUCACUCGUAGUGUUUCUCCUGAGGAGAGGAGCACUCCAUGCAGGGUCACACACCGCCUCCAUUCAUCAUGUACCGUCCUCAUGCAUGUUGUUCUAGAAGAGGGAAUUCCACUUUUGUAACAGAUCGUAGUUACUGACUCGUCUUCUGCAGACCAGACUGUAGACCAGGCCGAUGCAGCGGAGAGAGCUACAGUCUGUGGCAUAAACGUCGACAGAUGAACAGCAUAGAAGAAAGAACAAUAUCGUCAUGUUACAAGAAAAUCCUGAAGUUUGUAUAUUUUGCGUACAGAUUUUUUUUGUUGUCGUUAAAUUAUUAAAGUUCUAACUCUGUCAUCUUUCAUCGAAGUUCAUUCUCUCAUGAUGCCAU